AUAAGAUUAAAUUUCAUCAGUUUGUUGCAGCAGUUCAAGACGAGUGCCCUAUCGGAAGACGCGAUGUUCAACAGGUGGUUAAUUCUGUAUUUCUCUUUGAGUUUAGUAAGUGUACGUGCUGAAGAUAUUGGUUCAAUUGGUGAUGCUUUGGAGAUCGGAAAUCCUUGCGGCAAUUAUAUUAUAACCGUCGAAAGACUCAUCGGAGGACCACCUGACAGGGAGAAUUAUUGGGAUGGAACAGUGCAUUUGCAGAAUCAUAAAAAUUUAACGGAAGCUGUCGUGACGUUGCAGCUUGCUGCACCAGCAACUGUUAUAGUGGAUGAGAAAGAUGGCAUCCUACAUACUCAAAGUAAUCCGUACAACAUUACAUUUUUCAAAACGAAGGAUGACACCUUCAACGCAAAGUUCCAUGUACGAGCUUUGAAUGGAGAAGUCUUCCCACAUUUGAAAGGGUUAUUGCUGAAUGGCGUUGAUAUUUGUCCCAACUUACAGGAGGGAUCCCCAGCAGCAGAGCAAGAUGAAGCCGAAAACCCUAUUGCUGAGAAUUCGCCCGAUGGAACCAAUUGUGGACGUAUCGCUAAAGGAAUUUCCUUUGAUGAUAUUUGGUUUAUUUCGGUUUACUAUAUUAAUGACAAUACUACAACAUUCAAAUGUGGAGGCGUAUAUAUAGCUCCGAAGCAUGUCCUGACAACAGGGAAUUGCGUUACCAACAAUGGACUCCCGAUUGACCCGGAUAAUUUAAGAGUUCAAGUCUCAUUUUUGAAGGACCAUGUUCAUGCUCGCAACUACAGUGUUGACUUCAUCCGAAUACAUGAGAAGUUCAAUCACUUAAAUGGUACAAACGAUAUUGCUAUCAUGCAAAUAAGUUUAAUUGAAGACAUCGAUAAAAUCGUUCCCCCGGUUUGUCUUUGGAAUGGAGUCGGUGGAAGCGAAAAAGCUGCAGUCACGGCUAAUUUGCAAUUGGUCACAAGAAAUCAACAUUCAGAGGAAGUUACAAAAACCGAUGUAUCUAUUGUCAGCUCAUAUGACUGCCAGCAAGAAUCUGAAUCCAUUACUCCUUCCACCCUCUGCGGGGAAUUUCAAGACAAUUUAGAGAUUUGCUCAGAGAAUAAUGGAGGUGGAUUAUUUGUAAGAAAAAAUGAUGUUACUUUCCUACGUGGAUUACUAUCAGUAAACGGAUAUCAAGAAGAAUCAAAAAAUUGUGAAAGUAGAAAUAGAAAUAUAUUUGUAGACGUAGGGAAAUAUGUAGACUGGAUUCGUGAUAAUACUCAAUAAAUUAAAACUUUACUCAUAUAAAUUUCAACCGACUGCUAUCAAAUACCUUUUCCAGCUAUCCCACUGUUUUAGAUUAAGGUUAAAAAUAAAUUAUUUAUUAGGAAAAAGGAAAUGAAAUUUGAGCUACCUAAAUAAAUAUCGCUAAAAACGCAUAACGUUUUGGUUGCAUGUCGAGAAUUCCUAAUGCGCUUUAAUGAAAUGCGUGUCUAAUUUCAGAAAUUCGCAUAUAUUAAAACUGCUGCCCAAAAAUAGAUUUGAAUAAAUUUGUAGAAAGAAAACCAAACAAAACGUUUCAUUGACGUAAUAAUAAAGAUUGGCUUAAUUUUUUGUUAUUAUAUGAUUCAAUAAUUUAAUAGAAAUUUAUGUUUAGGUAAUUUUUUACAUAUUUACAUGCUGAAAUGACACAUUUAUUGAUGUUUUCCUUUUAUUAGCUUUAAGUUUUGGUAACGGAAACUUCCUACAUUGAAUUGAAACAGAUUCUAACUAUAACCUUAAAAUUAUUAGCAUUAUUAGAAAAAAUACAUAUUUAUUUAUUAUUUAUGUUCAUAUACGCAUAAGC